GACUGCGCAUGCCCGCCACCUCCCUGCCGCGGGCGGGCGCAGUGCGCAUGCUUGCUCCCGGGUCAGCGGGUCAGUGCGUCUGACUGGCUGUGGGUCGGCGCAGCGCGCGUCAUAAGGCGCUGGUGGCGGGAAAGUUGAGUGUCUGGUGCGCUUUCCCUUCGGAGCGAUGUGUAGUGACUUCCACAGGGCUGAGUCUGGGACGGAGCUCCUUGCCCGACUUGAAGGUAGAAGUUCCUUGAAAGAAAUAGAACCACAUCUAUUUGCUGAUGAAGAUUCACCAGUGCAUGGUGAUAUUCUUGAAUUUCAUGGUCCAGAAGGAACAGGAAAAACAGAAAUGCUUUAUCAUUUAACAGCACGAUGUAUACUACCAAAAUCAGAAGGUGGACUGGAAGUUGAAGUCUUAUUUAUUGAUACAGAUUACCACUUUGAUAUGCUCCGGCUCGUUACAGUUCUCGAGCAUAGGCUUUCCCAAAGUUCUGAGGACACUGUGAAGUGCUGCCUUGGAAGGUUCUUUCUGGUGUGCUGCGGUGGCAGUGCUCAGCUCCUCCUUACGCUUCACUCGCUAGAAGCCAUGUUUUGUAGUCACCCAUCUCUCUGCCUGUUGAUUGUGGAUAGCCUGUCAGCUUUUUACUGGAUAGACCGUGUCAAUGGAGGAGAAAGUGUCAACUUACAGGAGUCUACUCUGAAGAAAUGUUCUCAGUUCUUAGAGAAACUUGUAAAUGAGUAUCGCUUGGUUCUUCUUGCAACAACACAAAGUAUAAUGCAGAGAACCUCAAACUCAGCAGAAGGGCCGUCCUCCGCCUCUAACCGUCCAGGUGGUGUGGACAUGGACUAUAGACCCUACCUCUGUAAGGCGUGGCAGCAAAUAGUGAAGCACAGGAUAUUUUUCUCCAAACAAGAUGAUUCUCAAGCCAGCAAACAAUUUUCUUUGGUUUCACGUCAUUUAAAAAGUAAUACUUUAAGAAAACAUUUAUUUGUUAUUGGAGAAAGUGGCGUUGAGUUCUGUUGAUAUGUAUCAUAAAAAUAGAUUUAUUGUAGGAUAGUACCCCAAAAUUAAAACGUCCAUAAUAAGCUAAGAUGAUUCUAUUCUAUAGUUUUAAACUCUAAAGGAAUAAACAGAACAGUAUUUCUACCCAGAAUGGAUUUCUUAAACUAGUGCUGUAAAGCCUCAGACUGUCCUAUUCCUAGGUUUUUGAAGAUUAAUCAAGUAAUGUUAGCAAUUAAGCUGUAUAUUAAGCUUGUUUUUAAAACUAAAUAAAAAUAAUAUACACAUUUCAGCCUAAAUAAAAUGUCUUUUAUAACUUCAUGUCACAUUUCUGGUUUCAGUUAAGUAGUUACUUGUUUAGGAAAGUUGAAGUGAGUUUCUGAGUUCUCAUAACGUAACCCCUUUUUGGAAGCUGUGACUUUGUGAAAUGUUUCUGUAGAGCUGUUUUUUUCUAUAAGAUGGAUGAAAACAAGGAUCCUAUGAUCUGCCUUUCACACCAAAAACUAUGGAAAGUCAGAACAUUCUGAUCUGAGUUACACUGAAUUCCAACGUGGAGGUGUGUUAUGUUUGGGUUUCUGUGUAAUUUUUAAAACACAGGGAAAUAAGUUAUCCAUUCAAGGAAUUCUGUGAAAAUCAUUUUGAAAUUUCCAUUUCAUUAAGUGGUAGGCAAAUACUGAAACUCUAUUAGAACUGUGUGCUAGUAUUUUCUUACAAUUUAGAAUAGUCCGGACAUACCCAGAAUGAAUUAUUUCCAGCUGAGAGCUGGACAACAGCUCUACAUACUUGGCUUCAGUGAUGGCCAGAAUGGGGAACUCGUGCCUUGAGCAUGAAAGGUAAUGUCCUGUGGAGGAGGAAGAAAUUCCAGAACUUACAUUUAUACAUUUUAAUCUAAGGAAAGAUUAGAUUAUACCAGUAUCUGACACUCAGAUACUGACCCUACUGUGCUCAUUCAGUCUGUAUGUCAGAUCGUCACGUGUUGCAUACAUAUGUGAGGUACUGCAUAGGAAAUGUGGAGCGAAUUGACUGGUGGUCUCGAGGGUGUGUUCGUCUAUAUACCUACUUAGUUAAAACUGCUAACUGUAAAUUGACUCAUCUAACGAAGAUUCUUUUUAAGGGUUUAAAAGGAAUCCUGCAAAGAAACGAAGAUUGAAGGCCAUAUUCUUCAUGGUGCAGGUGGAGUAGAUGUAGUGUUUGCUGUCUGUGCCCCACGCAUGUACCCUGCCCCUCCUGUAGCUUGCUGGCAGUUCCCAAACCCAAGGCCUCUGAAGGUGUCUUCUGGAUGCCAAGACCCUGCUGGACUGCAUGUUGGACAGGCUGGGCAGUCCUUAAUGGGUGAACCAGUGAGGGUCAGGAUUUGGUCUAUGAACAUGCCAUCUUCCUCACCUCAUAGUAAGAGGACACUGAGGUCUUCUCAGAGUGGCCUCCACAGGGGACUGAUGCCCAGUUGCUCACAGCAAUAAUCUAUUCAUUAACAGACUGAUUUUUGCCUCCCGUCCUCUAACUUACUUCCCUAUUCUCAUGGUGCCUCCUGGGAUUGUCUCCCUAAUGAAUGACAAAUCCUUAUCUAGGAACGGCUUUUGUUGUAGGUUGAAGAGGGCCCAAACUGUCAGCAGACAUAAAAAGUCCUCAGACUAAGAAUCCUUCUAGACCCGAUAUUUGCUCUUUAGCCACGUUAUGGAAUUGAAGAUGAUAGUAGUCUAAUUGGCAGUCAGGUUAAAUUACAUUGGAUCACAUUACUGUCAAUUGUACCCAUACACCUUGUCACUGAUACACUUUAAAAUAUUAUAUACUUUAUCCAUAAUUCAUUUUUUCUUUUUUUGUGUGUGUAUAUUUUAUUAUAUGUAAUGCAUGUUAUAUACAAGUACUUUAUAAAUAUUUGUAUGUUAGGAGAGUAUGAUUAUUUUUCCCCAAAUGAGAGUGUGAUCAAUAAGAUUGAGAAUCUUGCCCUUCUCUAGAAUACUACUUGUAGCUGUUAAGAAAAGAUCGGAGUAGCGCAGAGAAGGCAAGCAGUGAAUCUGUGGCAUCUUGCUGCACUGAUGGACAGUGACUGCACUGGGGUAUGGGUGGGAACUUGGUAAUAUGGGUAAAUGUGGUAACCACACUGUUUUUUCAUGUGAAACCUUCAUAAGAGUAUAUAUCAAUAAUACCUUAAUAAAAAAUUUAAAAAAAAUAAGAAAAGAUAGGAAAAUUCAGUUACUUUCUAUACCAAGCUCUGUGUGUGUGUAUGUGUGUGUUACAUGUGUAUAUGAAAAACAGCAAAUAUUGGCAGAAUUCUAGCCUUGAAUAUGAUAGGAGUUUCCAUUUCUUUAUAUAAAUGAAUGUAUAAAUGUUAAUUUAAUGGACUGUUAUUCACAGAUUUAUAACUUAUUCUUUGGGAACAUGAUUAAAAAAUAAUGAACUUUUGUAUUCACUUAAAUUAUCAAUUAUACAUUAAUAUGUCAGAUCAAAGACUUAGUUAUCUUUAAAAGAUUUGUUAUCUGACAUGUUGGAAGGAAAUAAGAAUACUGGUUAAUAAAUUCUUUUGAACUAAAACCUACACCAAGGGAUUUUUUGAACACUAUAGAAAUUUUAACACUUGUAAAAAGAAUCAGGCUUAAAGAGAAAGAAGUGGCACAUCCUAAGUUAUUUGAGAGAAGGUAACAGGGAUGCUAAAUAAAACCAAAAGAAUAAUGGGAGUGUAUAACUGCAAAUAUUAUUUAUCCCAUUUACUUGUUUAAAAAAAAACGGGGAUCAUAAAAUACUUUUCUCACAGGUGAAUUUCUCAGGAUCAUUUGAGAAUCUAAUUAAAAGCGUAUGACCUUUUUGUUGAUGUGGUAGAUGAUGUUGAUGGAUUUUUGUACCAUCCUUGCAUCCCUGGGAGGAAUCCCACUUGAUCAUGGUGUAUGAUCCUCUUGAUGUAUUUUUGAAUUCAGUUUGCUAGUAUUUUGUUGAGUAAUUUUGCAGCUAUGUUCAUCAGGGAUAUUGGUCUGUAAUUUUCUUUUUUUGUGGUGUCUUUGCCUGGUUUUGGUGUUACAGUGAUGCUGGCUUCAUAGAAUGAGUUUGGAAGUAUUCCCUCCUCUUUUAUUUUUUGGAAAACUUUAAGGAGAAUGGGUAUUAUGUCUUCUCUGA